UCACAAAUGGCGUCUCGUUCUCUUUUCCUCGUGACGUCAGUUCUGUUCCGGAAUUGCAACUCCUGGUUCCGGCUGCACAGGGUGAGAGGGCGUGGGCUGUACAGCCGGUACUGUGGUGCCGGAGAGAAGGUGAUGGCUCAGACUUGGGGCAGGAGGUUCUUGUGCAGAGCACAUCGGGGGGUCAGUCAGGCCUGGGCCCUGGAGUUGCACAGCACGGAAGUCGGACACUGCGCCAGAGUCGCCCGGAUAAGAGGAAGCUGCGGAAAGGCACCACCAUGUCCGGUUACCUCGGCUCACUUUACAGAUGUGAGGAGCCUUCUUUGGAGGCCUCCGUCCCGGCUUUUGCACGUAACGCCCAGAGCGUGCUGCUACAGAAAGACCAGCAGCGAGGCCAAAUAUACAGACCCGUUUACACUUGGAAGCAGAGACCUGAAGAACUUCUAUGAAGAUAUCAAGAAGGAGCUGUUUAUAACAACCAAGGACCUGAAAGAAAUGUGCGAUUAUUAUUUUGAUGGAAAAGGGAAAGCUUUCAGACCAAUGCUUGUUGUGCUAAUGGCUCGGGCGUGCAAUAGUCAUUACAAUAAUUGCCGGGAGGUGCACCCUUCUCAGCGCACUAUUGCUGAGAUCUCAGAAAUGAUCCACACUGCUAGCUUAGUCCACGAUGAUGUUAUUGAUGAUGCCAACUCUCGAAGAGGGAAGCAAACUGUCAAUCAAAUCUGGGGCGAAAGAAAAGCGGUCCUUGCUGGGGAUUUUAUACUUUCAGUAGCUGCAGUGGCCUUGGCACGAAUUGGGAAUAACACAGUAAUACAAUUGAUAUCUCAAAUUAUGGAAGAUUUGGUGCGUGGUGAAUUUCUUCAACUGGGUUCCAAAGAGAAUGAAAAUGAAAGAUUCUCUCACUACCUUGAAAAGACUUUUAAGAAGACGGCAAGCCUCAUAGCCAACAGCUGUAAAGCAGUCUCAGUGUUGGCUUGUCCUGAUCCAGCCGUUCAUGAGAUUGCAUUCCAGUAUGGCAAGAAUGUUGGCUUAGCCUUUCAGCUUAUAGACGAUGUGUUGGACUUUACAGCUUGUGCCAACCAGUUGGGGAAACCAGCCGCAGCCGAUCUGAAACUGGGAUUGGCAACAGGUCCGGUUUUAUUUGCUUGUCAACAGUUUCCGGAGCUGAAUGACAUGAUUAUGAGAAGAUUCAGUUUGCCAGGAGAUGUCGAGCGAGCGUGGCAGUGUGUUAUCCAGAGUGAUGGUGUCCGGCAAACAACUUACCUCGCUCAGAAUUACUGCAAUCAAGCAGUGCAAGAGAUCAGCAAGCUGCAGCCGUCCCCUGAGAGAGACGCACUCAUUCAGCUGACAGAAAUUGUACUUACAAGAGACAAAUGAUAAGAAACCACCUGACCGUACCUGGCAGCUAGAACCAAACCGUGCCUGACGCAACACAUCAAACUGCCAACCAAAGCACUAUGUCCCACCUACACUCAGCAUUCUCUCCGCAUUCACUGUAUUCUUUUUCUUAUAUGGAUUUUUACUCACUGAAGCCGUUUUAUUUUAUAACUGAGCCAAAGCAGGGAAAGAAAAAUAUUUUUUAUUAUGAGA